GCGGCAUAGAUCGUGUGAUUCGUUAACGGACGCCGCGUACAUUUGUCCGGUUUAAAUAUCAAGGCAUUUUAAUUGCAAUAUUUGUUAGAAACUACGAUUAUGCACUCAAUUUGUAAAUCACACAGUUAUUUAUUUAUUGUGGGAUCUCUGGAUUUUUCUAAGGCAUUCUGAACUUUGCUUCUUCAACUUCGUCAAGAACAUUUACUUCUAAAGUGCACUCAAGUUUCUAACAUUAUUAUUAGUGAAGUGCUAAGUGAAAUGUGAUAGAAAGUGACUUAACACAACUAUGUAUGUGUGUUAGUUCAGCCGGAUUACAACAUGGGACUUCACAAACGUGAAAAGAAUGGUCUACUCUCCUACGAGAAUCCUAACUACCACUUGGACCCCUCGCGCCUCGACAGCGCCAUCUAUAGUGACCUCUACGACAUGCAUGACGACAAAAGCAUGGCUGACGUCUACGACAACUACCUUGAUAACAGAAGAGUUGAAGACGAGGCGUCUUCCCCAGUUGCAAAAGCAAAUGACAAAAGCGGCCUAAUCACGCCGCCCCAGAAUGGGGGAGAAGACUCACCUCCUCCGGAGAAAGAGAGGGCCGAUCGGGAGGACUCGGAGAAGAGCCACGCGGGCGCCGUGCCGCACUGCGCGGGGCCCAACGAUGACCUCUAUGCUAUACCAGUCAAACUUAGACCCAAGAAGGAACCGCAGCUGCCACCGGGAUGGGAGAAACACGAGGAUGCUGACGGUCCAUACUACUGGCACAUCAAGAGCGGUACCAUCCAGCGUGAGUUACCCCGCCCCGAGGGUAAGGAGCGGCUGUCGAUGGUCCGCGACUGCCCCAGCUUCGACCCUAAGUAUGAGAUGGCCAGCUCCGUGGUGAGAAGCACCACCAGUGGCGCCCUCGAUCACGUUGAUUUGGAGGAACGCAAGAGGAAGGAGGAGAUCUCUUACAAACGUCGCAGCUACCCCGCGCGCGGCGAGGUGGAAGGGCGCGCGGUGCGGUUCUUCGUGCGGUCGCUGGGCUGGGUGGAGAUCGGCGAGGAGGAGCUGACGCCGGAGAGGUCCAGCCGCGCGGUCAACAAGUGCAUCGUCGACCUCAGCCUCGGCCGCAACGACCUGCUCGACCACGCCGCUAGGUGGGGCGAUGGAAAAGAUUUAUUCAUGGAUUUGGAUGAUGGCGCACUGAAGUUAAUCGACCCUGAGAGUCUAAACACUCUUCAUACACAGCCCAUACACACCAUACGCGUGUGGGGGGUCGGCAGAGAUAACGGACGGGACUUUGCAUACGUGGCUCGUGACCGCGCGACUCGUCGUCACAUGUGCCACGUGUUCCGUUGCGAGGCGCCCGCUCGUGCCAUCGCCAACGCACUCCGUGACAUCUGCAAGCGCAUCAUGAUUGAACGCUCGCUGCAGCCGCCGCCGCGGCCUACAGACUUGCCAGCAGCUCGGCGACCUAGGCCACUAUCCGGUGCGUCGUUCCCCACUCCAAUGGAGGAGCCUCGCAAGACAGUGCGAGCGCGGUACCUCGGCAGCGCGGAGGUGCCGCGUGCCACUGGCAUGGACGUCCUCAACGACGCACUCCAGCGGCUGGCGGCGGCGCGCGCGCCCAGCGCCUGGAGACCAGUCGCCGUUGCUGUCGCACCUUCCAUGAUCACCAUCACUGAGGAAGGGGAGACGAGCCCGAUAGUGGAGUGCCGCGUGCGCUACCUGUCGUUCCUGGGCAUCGGGCGCGACGUGCGGCGCUGCGCCUUCAUCGUGCACACGCAGCACCAGCAGUUCGUCGCACACGCCUUCCACGCCGAGCCCUCCUCCGGCGCACUCUGCAAGACCAUAGAGGCCGCAUGCAAGCUUCGCUAUCAGAAGUGUCUGGACGCGCACGGGGGCGGGGGAGGAGGCGGGGGCGGGGCGGUGCUGGGGGGCGGGGGCGGGGGCGCGGGCGGCGCGGAGGGGCGCGCCUCGCUGGGCGCCGCUCUCAAGUCCUUCGUGGGCUCGUUGACUGGACGCCGCGCUUCUUGAACUAACGUGAUGUUUCCGGGCCAUAAUUCCCGUUGAUAGAAGACCGCUGCGACUUGCAGCAUCUGUUGCUCUCUUACACUCAGAGUACUUUAAUGGCCAUUAAAGUAGUCCCUAGUAUCUUAGUGUAUUGUCCCUCUGGGAUUUAUCAACACAUUUAAGCACUAAGGGACUCUUUAAUUAGCCAUUAAAGUAUUAUGAGUACACCUUUGUAACUCCACUCUUGUCCUGCCUAAAUAUUAUGCGCAUUUAGAAUACUACUAAAGAUUUUUUUUAUUAUUUUUUUUUUACAAUUUAAAUUGUUUUCUUUGUUGAGCAGAAUUUUU